CAGUUGGCAGCUGUCACUGUGUGAGGGGAGGCAACAGGUGACUAGUGCAGACGGCGAGCGUAGCAGCAUCUGUGGCCAGGCAGUGUGUUUGGCGUUAGGCGACCCUUCUAGCGAGAGGGUUCAUGGAGACCGAGCCUGGUAUCGUGUCUCCGUUCAAGAGAGUCUUUCUGAAAGGAGAGAAGGGGAGAGACAAGAAGGCCCAGGAGAAGGCCACCGAGCGCAGAGCACUCCACACCUUCUCACUCUCUCAACCCGACCACCGUAUAGACCCUGACAUCCUGCUUAAUGACUACAUUGAGAAGGAAGUCAAAUACUUGGGGCAGCUAUCAUCAGUUCCAGGAUACUUGAACCCAUCAAGUCGCACAGAAGUGCUGCAGCUCAUUGACACGGCAAGGAAGUCCCAUCAGUUGGUGGGCCAGCUGACAUCGGAGCAGGACGCCGUGGUGAGCUUGUCGGCGUACAACAUAAAGCUAGUCCGGCGCGACGGAGAAGACAUCAUCCUGAGAGUGCCCAUCCAUGAUAUCGCUGCUGUGUCCUACAUCAGGGACGACUCUCUGCACCUCGUGGUGAUCAAAACAGGUGAGAAACAUUGUUUACAUUGUAAAGAUGUUUAAAUGAAGUGGUCAAAUAAGUCAUGUUGUGAAUUUACAGUAGAGAAAAGUCACCUGCAGUCCUGUUUUUAAACAUGUUUUGUUUUAAUUGUAGCCAACAUCA